AUGUUACUGCGUAACAUAAGCAACGAAGAGCCGCUCUUUGAAGUACCAGGACUUUCCACCAGUAGCAUCUUAGCGUUGUCAAUAAGGUCGUAUAACAGUAAAGGCUUAAGUGAAGCUUUUACGCUAGCCUGCAGUUUAUUGCAAUAUCCGGAACGAAGAACAGCGCAAGUGCCCGUCAAAGUAGAAUUAACGACACUACUAAUAACAGUUCUGGCGGCGGUAGUGAUAAUUACAGUCAUGGCGACGGUGUCCGCCGCAGUGUGCUACUGCAAGUAUUGUAAUAACAAGGAAGAUACAAACGAGAAAGCUAAAUCACCUCAAGAAGAGAGUUCAAACAUGUUGCUUACAGGUGAGAAAAAGACUGACAGUGCUGAUAGCUUAGAUAAGAAUCCUGAUAUUAUACCUUUAAACACGAAACUAAGUGAUACUUGUUCUAACAAAUCUUCAAACACAGACAACAGUUCUGUCAGACCUUUAAUAUCUACAACUAAUGUAGAUGAAUUUGAAAUACCUAAUCGUUUCAAUGCACAUUACAAUCAUACGAUGAACAGUACUUACCAGUAUGAACAUCCACUGAGAUAUAGGAUACCAAAUAUUCAACCAAGUUUGGCGCCGAUGCCAAACAUUGGAACAAAUGUUUAUAGGCAACCGUUUCAUAAUGUUUAUGAGGAUUGGUUGAGAUAUAAAAACACGUUACCUUUAGACAGUAGCCAUUUGCUACCAUUAGAGCAACUAAGACCGCCAGACGAAUAUAUCUCUCCGCCACCUCCGGUACUCAGCGACUUAUGUCGGAAUCCAAAUUUCCAGUGCCAUCUGCAGGAAUCGCAUUUACGAGAAAUGGAACAAAGACAUCCCUCAAAUGAAACUAAUCCGACUUUGAGUCAAAAUCUGAAAAUGUCUGAUUUACCCUCUGUGAGAGUACAUUCAGAAAGUAAUAGUGCAUAUUUUAAUAAGUUCGGUGUUGCAACAAACACUAUACCCCGCAUGAAAGGUACUAAUA